AUGAGUUCCAACUACUGUAAUAACCACCACUACAGUAGACACAGAGUGAUAAACGAGUUGCCUAGUCAAUCGCCCUUCACAGAAUUUAGAGAAGUGACAACCAGUCUAUUCCGAAACUAUGAUCAACUGAUGGCCACAUCUGCCAAAGAAAAUCGACUGCGAAAAGUGCCAGAGUCAUUUAUGUUUCAAUUAGUGUUCAACGCCUGGGCUUUAGUCGAGACCUUCUUCUUCCUCAGUGGAUUACUUGUUGUUUAUAUAACGCUUCCGAUGUUACACAAGACGAAAGGCAACCUAAAUGUGGUGCUCUUUAUCUUUCAUCGAUUAAUUCGAAUCAUUCCAUCAGUUUGUGGCAUAAUUGCUGUCAACUUCUUGUGGCCCCUCUUCUCCACUGCCCUGAUGAUAUUGAGUCAAACCUAUGGCCUAAUACUGAAUGGAUUGGUUCUGAUAAUCUCAAUAAUAGGUUCGGCGUUAACGACAUAUUAUGGCAAUUUGUAUCCAACACUGCUUAGCGAUCACACCAUUAAUCUUGAGAGUCAAACCUAUGGCCUAAUACUGAAUGGAUUGGUUCUGAUAAUCUCUAUAAUAGGUUCGGCGUUAACGACAUAUUAUGGCAAUUUGUAUCCAACACUGCUUAGCGAUCACACCAUUAAUCUUGAGUAUGUGGAAUAUCAUCUAAGAUAUGGCUAUUUCCCAACAUUUCAUCACUUCGGUCCGUAUUGUUGCGGAAUAUUUGUCGGAUAUUUUAUACUCAAUACACCAAAUAAUUAUAAAAUACCUCAGACUCAGAGCAUAAUAUCAUGGAUAGUAUGUCCUCUCAUCAGUUUGUCUGUACUAUUAUUUACAUAUAAAUGGAAUAAUGGUGUGGAGCCGAGCAGAGUCUCGUCAAUCCUCUAUUCAUGUCUAUCGCGAACCAUUUGGUGCACCGGAUUGUCAUGGAUUACAUAUGUUUGCUGUAUUGGCAGCGGAGGAAUUGUCAACAGAAUGCUAUCGCAUCCCGUGUUUGUGCCGUUGAGUCGAUUAAGUUUUGGCGUUUAUUUGUCUCAUUUGGUUAUUAUAUUCAUUAUGUUCUUCACUAAGAAGUCGGUCACCGAUUGGACACAUUUUGAUUUUUUAACCAACGGAAUGGUUACUAUAAUAUUGAGUUAUGUGUUGGCAUUAGUGCUGUACUUCUUAUUGGAGGCGCCGUUCGCUAACUUAGAGAAAGUGAUUUUCAACGUCAAUAUUAAAUCGGCUGAAAAUAACGGCAAGUUAUCUAAAGAGUCGCACAAAACCAAUGAUAUAAAUGGCAAUAAUUGUGAUAUAAAUAUUGGCACUGAAAAGAUAUCGCAUAAUAGAAAGGAGACGGAGGAUAAGCCUUUGGUAAUCCAUGUGACCCCAGACGAGGGCUGGGCGUGGGUUAUAUCGAUAGCUUGUGCCGCAAUCAACGGCAUUACAUUUGGUUUGGUCCGGGCCUAUGGCGUGAUAUUCUUCCAGUUGUUGGACACGUAUAAACUGUCGCGAGAGUCGGCCUCCUGGCCCUUCUGCCUCUGCACCACUUUUACUCACCUCUCGGGUCCGGUGGCGGGUAUGCUAUUAUCUCACUAUACUAUGCGAACCAUUGUAUUCAUGGGAGGACUAAUCGCCGCCAUCGGAAUGAUAAUGUGUUACUUCUCGUCAUCAAUACUAGAGAUUACAAUAUAUAUAGGAAUAAUUCAGGGAUUUGGAAUCGGUUUGUCUUUUAUGCAAACACCGGUCAUAUUAGCGCAAUAUUUCCAAAAAUUCAGAGCCACUGCCACUGCCAUAUCAUACGCCGGCGGAACAAUUGGAUCCUUUAUUUUCCCCCCAAUUAUUGAUUAUAUUUUACCCAAAUAUGGACUCAACGGGUCUUUCCUGAUAAUUGGCGGUAUUUUAUUGAAUUCACUGCCCUUUGCUUUACUCUUACGUCCGGCGACUCCAAACAACUCGACGACUGUGAAUAAACUUUUCAUUGAAGUUAACAGACAGUUGUCUAUCAUUAGAGAGACCAAAGAUGGUACUAAUGUAAAGAGGAAACAGACAAUUGUCGACAACACGACUCAAGAAAAUGCACACGAAAUGCAAAAUGAAAUGCAUUCAGUAGUUGUCAAACACGAGUGCGAUUGCGAACACAAUCCAAUCGAUGGAUCCGACGAUAAUUGUGUUCAAAAGUACUUCGAAGAAAAAUCACACGAAGACAGCAUUAGUGUUAAGACACUUCACUCCGAACCCAAAUCAAGUGAUUGGCAAAAGAAAUGGCAAAGAGUGCGAGUAGUUCUCACUAAUCCUUUGUAUCUAAUUCUCUGCACAACUCAUGUGUCCUUUCAAUGGGCAUGGAUGACCCAUCAGAUGGUUAUCAUAGACUUCGCUAUAGACCGGGGAUUGUCUACACAUCAGGCGGUUAUACUCUUGAGUUCGUUCGCCGGCGCCGACCUAUUCGGAAGAGUGGCCUCCGGUUUGGUGGCCGACAAGCGUUUAGUGCGGAAGAGGAAUAUAGUGUCCGUUUGUAUUCUACUCAUCGGUUUCCUAAUCUUCAUGACACCGACGGCCACCACAUUCACCGUACUAUUGGUGGUGACCAUAGCGUUGGGGUUCGUGUCGGGCGCCAUAAUCGUGCUCUUCAGCGUUCUCACCAUGGAUUACGUGGGCCUCAACCGACUGCCCAUCGCGUUGGGAACGUCGGCCUUCAUUGUGGGCGUCACUACAUUAGUGCGACCGCUGGUCGUCGGCUACUUUCGCGACACUUUCCACUCAUACGACGGUCUCUUCCAAUUCGUCGGUCUAUUGGCUCUUUUGGCGGCACUUCUUUGGCUCUCAGAACCGUUCGCUCGACUGUGGGUCAGCCGAGACACCAAAUAUGGCAACGGCUUCAGAAUCAAAGUGAUCCCAACGGAAGACAUGUCCGAAAUGAAUGACACGAUUGAGUCGUCGUCGGAGUCGCCAUCGGUUGCGGCCAAUGAGUCGAAGUAUGGAUUGGAGGCCAUUCUCGUCGACCUCGAGGUCGAGAUCCAGUGCAAAGAAAUUGUCGCCGAUUUGGUCUCCAAAGUGGACGCCAUGUCAUUGGAGAGAGAAGUGGAGGAAUUGAAACACAAACUCUCUCUUCAGGACAAAAGAUAUGAAAUGAAAGAACAAGAGAUGGAAGAGAUGGCCAAUCAGUUUGCCUGUAAUGCCUAUAAUCAGACAUUUGACGACCAAAAGGCCAACUAUGAAGAGAUGAUCAUUGAAUUGGAGGCCAAACUUGAGUCCAAAGACUUCGACAAAGAGUUGGAAAUCGAGUCAUUGAAGCAAACGCUCAAAGAGAAAGACCAAGAGUUAAAGGAAGUGAUGGAACCGUUAGUAACUGAAUUGAAUGAAACGAAACACAAAUGCGAACAACUCUUGAGUAAAUUGUCUUCUGUUGAGACCAUUAACAUGAAUCAGAAGAACGAGUUGGACUCUUUGACACUACAGGCGAACAGAUCUCAAGAGUUGGAGAAAGAAAUGGUCGCCUUUAAGGAGACAUUUGAAGACCAAAAGUGCAACUAUGACGAGAAGAUCAUUGAAUUGGAGACCAAAUUUGAGUUCAAAGACUUGGAAAUCGAGACAUUGAAACAAACGGUUAUAGAGAAAGAACAAGAGUUGAAGGAAGUGAUGGAACCGUUGGAAAGUGAAUUGAAUGAAUCGAAACACAAAUGCGAACAACUCUUUGAUAAAUUAUCUUCUUUUGAGACCAUUAACUUGAAUCUGAAGAACGAGUUGGAGUUUCUGACACAACAGGCGAACACAUCUCAAGAGUUGGAAAAUAAAAUGGCUGUUUAUAAGCAGGCAAUUGAAGACCAAAAGUUCAAUUAUGAAGAGAAGAUCAUUGAAUUGGAGAAUAAAAUGGUUGCCUAUAGACAGACAUUUGAAGAUCAAAAGUUCAGCGAUGAAAAGAAGAUCAUUGAAUUGGAGGCCAAACUUGAAUGCAAAGACUUGGAGUUAGAAAUCGAGACAUUAAGACAAACGGUUAAAGAGAAAGAAAAUGAAUUAAAAGAAGUGAUGGAACCGUUAGUAACUGAAUUGAAUGAAACGAAACACAAAUGCGAAGAACUCUUGAGUAAAUUAUCUUCUGUUGAGAUCAUUAACAUGAAUCAGAAGAACGAAUUGGACUCUUUGACACUACAGGCGAACAGAUCUCAACAGUUGGAGAAUAAAAUGGCUGAAUAUAAGCAGACAUUUGAAGACCAAAAGUCCAACUAUGAAGAGAAGAUCAUUGAUUUGGAGAAUAAAAUGGUUGCCUUUAACGAGACAUUCGAAGACCAAAAGUCAAGUUAUGAAAAGAAGAUCAUUGAAUUGGAGGACAAACUUGAGUGCAAAGACUUGGAGUUAGAAAUCGAGACAUUGAAACAAACGGUUAAAGAGAAAGAAAAUGAAUUAAAAGAAGUGAUGGAACCGUUGGAAAUUGAAUUGAAUGAAACGAAACACAAAUACGAACAACUCUUUGAUAAAUUAUCUUCUUUUGAGACCAUUAACAUGAAUCUGAAGAAGGAGUUGGAGUUUUUGACACAACAGGCGAACAGAUCUCAAGAGUUGGAGAAAGAAAUGGUUGCCUAUAAGGAGACAUUUGAAACCCAAAAGUCCAACUAUGACGAGAAGAUCAUUGAAUUGGAGACCAAAUUUGAUUCCAAAGAGUUGGAAAUCGAGACAUUCAAACAAACGGUUAUAGAGAAAGAACAAGAGUUAAAGGAAGUGAUGGAACCGUUGGAAAGUGAAUUGAAUGACUCGAAACACAAAUGCGAACAACUCUUCGAUAAAUUAUCUUCUUUUGAGACCAUUAACAUGAAUCUGAAGAAGGAGUUGGAGUUUUUGACACAACAGGCGAACAGAUCUCAAGAGUUGGAGAAAGAAAUGUUUGCUUAUAAGCAGACAUUUGAAAACCAAAAGUCAAGUUAUGAAACGAAGAUCAUUGAAUUGGAGACAAAACUUGAUUCCAAAGAGUUGGAAAUCGAGACAUUGAAACAAUCGGUUAUAGGGAAAGAACAAGAGUUAAAGGAAGUGAUGGAACCGUUGGAAAGUGAAUUGAAUGAAACGAAACAUAAAUGCGAACAACUCUUGAGUAAAUUGUCUUCUGUUGAGACCAUUAACAUGAAUCAGAAGAAGGAGUUGGAGUUUUUGACACAACAGGCGAACAGAUGCCAAGAAUUGGAGAAUAAAAUGGUCGCCUAUAGGGAGACAUUUGAAGACCAAAAGUUUAAUUAUGAAGAGAAGAUCAUUGAAUUGGAGGCCAAACUUGAGUGCAAAGACUUGGAGUUGGAAAUCGAGACAUUGAAACAAACGGUUAAAGAGAAAGAAAAUGAGUUGAAUCAAGCGAUGGAACCGUUGGAAACUGAAUUGAAUGCAACGAAACACAAAUACGAAGAACUCUGCGAUAAAUUAUCUUCUUGUGAAACCAUUAAUUUGAAUCUGAAGAAGGAGUUGGAGUUUCUGACACAACAGGCGAACAGAUCUCAAGAGUUGGAGAAACGAAUUCUAGAAUUCGAAGAACAAAAGCGAUUGAAAGGCAGAAAUUUUGAGUUAAUUUUAAAUCAGGCGAAGAUUUGGGAGAAAAAGCUAACAACUGUUGAGUCGGACAAAGAGUCUCUCGAAACCAAACUCAAAGACAUUCAAACAGAAAAUCAGAAAUUGAACGAAGAGUUGACCGUAUAUUUGGACAGAUGUCGAGAAACGCAUUCAGAGCUCAAGAAUGAGAAAUUGAAGAGCGAUUCUCUGGUCAGUCAGUGGAGGUAUUAUAGGGUUCAGCACAAGAAAAUCAGGAAAGAUAUGAAGAGAAUCUGCGGAGACAUCGAUAACAUUCUCGACGACUCUAUCGAUGGAUUAGAUUUGAAACAAUUCAUCAUUUCAUUAAAGAAAAGAUUCAAUGGCGAAGAGAGCGAAGACGAGACCGAAGAGAAUGAGGAGAUUUGUGACAAACAGAAAGAAAACCAACGAAACGAUAGAAAACAACCGUUGGGUUCAUAUAAUGCAUAAAUAAUUGAAAACCAUAUAAAUUAAUCUUAUUAUACGACAAAACAUUUAUUAAUUCGUGACAUUAACUCUCAUAACGUAUACAUAAAUGCAUACAUUAAUCCACAUUUUUGUAUUUAAUUUCAAAUUGCGU